UCCUCAUGUCCUGCCAGAACAGUCUCCAUCUCCUCCUCAGCCAUCUUCUCUCCCAGGGUGGUGAGGACUUGUCUGAGCUCUGCUCCCGUGACUUUGCUGUUCCCCUCCUUGACUAACACAUGGAACCCCCUCCAAGUAGUCCUCAUAUGUGCCUUGGUUCCGCUUCUUGGCUGCUGCCUGGAGCAUGGGCAGGAAAGUCUUGAAGUCCACAUGCCGGGACUUCAGCUCAUCACUCUUGGGGUUCCCCAGGACCUUCAUCACCUUGGCACUGACUCAUGAAAUGGCCACAGAUGAUAAGACGUCCCCAACACUGGACUCUGCUAAUGAUUUGCCUCGAUCUCCUACUAGUCCUUCUCAUCUCACACACUUUAAACCUUUGACUCCUGAUCAAGAUGAGCCCCCUUUUAAAUCAGCUUAUAGUUCUUUUGUAAAUCUCUUUCGUUUUAACAAAGAGAGAGCAGAAGGAGGCCAGGGAGAACAGCAGCCUUUGAGUGGAAGUUGGACCAGCCCUCAGCUCCCUUCAAGGACACAGUCUGUUAGGUCACCCACACCUUAUAAAAAACAGCUUAAUGAGGAACUCCAGCGGCGCUCUUCAGCAUUAGCAGAGAACAGUUUGCAACAUCCCCAGGAGAACACAGACACAAGAAGGAAAGCAGAACCUACCUUUGGAGGUCAUGACCCUCGUACAGCUGUUCAGCUUCGAAGCCUCAGCACAGUAUUAAAACGCCUCAAGGAAAUCAUGGAGGGGAAAAGCCAGGAUAGUGACCUGAAACAAUACUGGAUGCCAGAUAGCCAAUGUAAAGAGUGCUAUGACUGUAGUGAGAAAUUUACAACCUUUAGGCGCAGACACCAUUGCCGACUAUGUGGGCAGAUUUUCUGCAGUCGUUGCUGUAAUCAAGAAAUCCCUGGAAAAUUUAUGGGCUAUACAGGAGACCUCCGAGCUUGCACAUAUUGUAGAAAAAUAGCCUUAAGUUAUGCUCAUUCCACAGACAGUAAUUCUAUUGGGGAAGACUUGAAUGCUCUUUCAGAUUCUGCUUGCUCUGUGUCUGUGCUUGAUCCAAGUGAACCCCGAACACCUGUUGGGAGUAGGAAAGCCAGCCGUAACAUAUUUUUAGAGGAUGAUUUGGCCUGGCAAAGUUUGAUUCAUCCAGAUUCCUCAAAUACUCCUCUUUCAACAAGACUUGUAUCUGUGCAAGAGGAUGCUGGGAAAUCUCCUGCUCGAAAUAGAUCAGCCAGCAUUACUAACCUGUCACUGGAUAGAUCUGGUUCUCCUAUGGUACCUUCAUAUGAGACAUCUGUCAGUCCCCAGGCUAACCGAACAUAUGUUAGGACAGAGACCACUGAGGAUGAACGCAAAAUUCUUCUGGACAGUGUGCAGUUAAAAGACCUGUGGAAAAAAAUCUGCCAUCACAGCAGUGGAAUGGAGUUUCAGGAUCACCGCUACUGGUUGAGAACGCAUCCUAACUGCAUUGUAGGAAAGGAAUUAGUCAACUGGCUAAUCCGAAAUGGGCACAUUGCCACAAGGGCACAAGCUAUAGCAAUUGGACAAGCAAUGGUUGAUGGACGUUGGCUGGAUUGUGUUAGUCAUCACGACCAGCUUUUCAGAGAUGAGUAUGCGCUGUAUAGACCACUGCAGAGUACAGAAUUUUCUGAGACACCUUCUCCCGACAGUGACUCAGUGAACUCCGUGGAAGGACACUCUGAGCCAUCCUGGUUUAAAGACAUAAAGUUUGAUGACAGUGACACAGAACAGAUAGCUGAAGAAGGUGACGAUAAUUUGGCUAAUUCUGCCAGUCCUAGCAAGCGCACAUCAGUCAGCAGUUUCCAGUCCACAGUGGACAGUGACUCAGCCGCUUCUAUCAGCCUGAACGUGGAGCUGGACAACGUGAACUUCCAUAUCAAGAAGCCCUCCAAGUACCCACAUGUGCCCCCUCACCCUGCUGACCAAAAAGAGUAUUUGAUUUCUGACACUGGAGGACAACAGCUCUCAAUAAGUGACGCUUUCAUCAAAGAAUCCUUAUUUAAUCGUCGAGUAGAGGAAAAAUCCAAAGAGCUGCCUUUCACACCUUUGGGCUGGCAUCAUAACAACCUGGAGCUCCUGAGGGAGGAGAAUGGGGAGAAACAAGCCAUGGAGAGGUUGCUUUCAGCUAAUCAUAACCACAUGAUGGCACUACUCCAGCAGUUGCUCCAUAGUGACUCACUGUCAUCAUCUUGGAGGGACAUCAUCGUGUCAUUGGUCUGCCAGGUUGUUCAGACAGUCCGACCUGAUGUCAAGAACCAGGAUGAUGACAUGGAUAUCCGUCAGUUUGUCCACAUCAAAAAAAUCCCAGGUGGAAAGAAGUUUGAUUCUGUGGUUGUCAAUGGCUUUGUUUGUACCAAGAACAUUGCACAUAAAAAGAUGAAUUCUUGUAUUAAAAACCCCAAAAUUCUUCUGUUGAAGUGUUCCAUUGAGUAUCUCUACAGAGAAGAAACUAAGUUUACUUGCAUUGAUCCUAUUGUGCUUCAGGAAAGGGAAUUCUUGAAGAAUUAUGUCCAGCGAAUAGUUGAUGUUCGACCCACCUUGGUUCUAGUUGAGAAAACAGUGUCUCGGAUUGCGCAGGACAUGUUAUUGGAACAUGGCAUUACUUUGGUCAUUAAUGUAAAGUCACAAGUUUUGGAACGAAUCAGUCGAAUGACCCAAGGUGAUUUAGUGAUGUCAAUGGACCAGCUGCUUACAAAACCACACCUGGGCACUUGUCACAAAUUUUAUAUGCAGAUAUUUCAGUUGCCUACUGAACAAACCAAGACGCUGAUGUUUUUUGAAGGUUGUCCGCAGCACUUAGGCUGUACAAUCAAGCUAAGAGGAGGCUCUGAUUAUGAGCUGGCUCGAGUUAAGGAGAUCCUAAUAUUUAUGAUCUGUGUUGCUUAUCAUUCUCAACUAGAAAUAUCCUUUCUCAUGGAUGAAUUUGCUAUGCCUCCCACAUUAAUGCAAAACCCUUCAUUCCAUUCCCGGUUUGAGGGACGAGGGCAUGAGGGGGCUGUCCAAGAGCAGUACGGUGGAGGUUCCCUCCCCUGGGAUCCCGACAUCCCUCCUGAGUCUCUGCCCUGUGAUGAUAGCAGUUUGCUGGAAUCGAGGAUUGUGUUUGAGAAGGGUGAGCAGGAAAAUAAAAAUCUUCCACAGGCUGUUGCCUCUGUGAAGCAUCAAGAACAUAGCACAACAGCUUGCCCGGCGGGUCUCCCUUGUGCUUUCUUUGCACCUGUACCGGAAUCAUUGUUGCCACUCCCUGUGGAUGACCAACAAGAUGCUUUAGGCAGUGAGCAGCUGGAGAGUUUGCAGCAAACGGUUGUGCUGCAGGAUCCCAAAAGCCAGAUAAGAGCCUUUAGAGACCCUCUACAGGAUGACACUGGAUUAUAUGUUACUGAGGAAGUCACCUCCUCUGAAGAUAAACGAAAGACUUAUUCUUUGGCCUUUAAGCAGGAAUUAAAAGAUGUGAUCCUCUGUAUCUCCCCAGUAAUCACAUUCCGAGAACCCUUUCUUUUAACUGAAAAGGGGAUGAGAUGCUCUACCCGAGAUUAUUUUGCAGAGCAGGUUUACUGGUCUCCUCUCCUCAAUAAAGAAUUCAAAGAAAUGGAGAACAGGAGGAAGAAACAGCUGCUCAGGGAUCUCUCUGGACUUCAGGGCAUGAAUGGAAGUAUUCAGGCCAAGUCUAUUCAAGUCUUACCCUCACAUGAGCUAGUGAGCACUAGAAUUGCUGAGCAUCUGGGCGAUAGCCAGAGCUUGGGUAGAAUGCUGGCCGAUUAUCGAGCCAGAGGAGGAAGAAUUCAGCCCAAAAAUUCAGACCCUUUUGCUCAUUCAAAGGAUGCAUCAAGUACUUCAAGUGGCAAAUCAGGAAGCAAAAACGAGGGUGAUGAAGAGAGAGGGCUUAUUCUGAGUGAUGCUGUGUGGUCAACAAAGGUGGACUGUCUGAAUCCCAUUAACCACCAGAGACUUUGUGUGCUCUUCAGCAGCUCUUCUGCUCAGUCCAGCAAUGCUCCUAGUGCCUGUGUCAGUCCUUGGAUUGUAACAAUGGAAUUUUAUGGAAAGAAUGAUCUUACAUUAGGAAUAUUUUUAGAGAGAUACUGUUUCAGGCCUUCUUAUCAGUGUCCAAGCAUGUUCUGUGAUACCCCCAUGGUACAUCAUAUUCGUCGCUUUGUUCAUGGCCAAGGCUGUGUGCAGAUAAUCUUGAAGGAGUUGGAUUCUCCAGUACCUGGAUAUCAGCAUACAAUUCUUACAUAUUCCUGGUGUAGAAUCUGCAAACAGGUAACACCAGUUGUUGCUCUUUCCAAUGAGUCCUGGUCUAUGUCAUUUGCAAAAUACCUUGAACUUAGGUUUUAUGGGCACCAGUAUACUCGCAGAGCCAACGCUGAGCCCUGUGGUCACUCCAUCCAUCAUGAUUAUCACCAGUAUUUCUCCUAUAACCAGAUGGUGGCGUCUUUCAGUUAUUCUCCCAUUCGACUUCUUGAAGUAUGUGUUCCACUCCCCAAAAUAUUCAUUAAGCGUCAGGCCCCAUUAAAAAUGUCCCUUCUUCAGGAUCUGAAGGACUUCUUUCAAAAAGUUUCACAGGUAUAUCUUGCCAUUGAUGAAAGACUUGCAUCUUUGAAAACUGAUACAUUUAGUAAAACAAGAGAGGAAAAAAUGGAAGAUAUUUUUGCACAGAAAGAGAUGGAAGAAGGUGAGUUCAAGAACUGGAUUGAGAAGAUGCAAGCAAGGCUCAUGUCUUCCUCUGUAGAUAUCCCUCAGCAACUGCAGUCGGUCUUUGAGUCACUCAUUGCCAAGAAACAAAGUCUCUGUGAAGUGCUGCAAGCUUGGAAUAACAGGUUGCAGGACCUUUUCCAACAGGAAAAGGGUAGAAAGAGACCUUCAGUUCCUCCAAGUCCUGGAAGACUGAGACAAGGGGAAGAAAGCAAGAUAAGUGCAAUGGAUGCAUCUCCACGGAAUAUUUCUCCAGGACUGCAGAAUGGAGAAAAAGAGGAUCGCUUCUUAACAACUUUGUCCAGCCAGAGCUCCACCAGUUCUACUCAUCUCCAAUUGCCUACACCACCUGAAGUCAUGUCUGAACAGUCAGUGGGAGGGCCCCCUGAGCUAGAUACAGCCAGCAGUUCCGAAGAUGUGUUUGAUGGGCAUUUGCUGGGAUCCACAGACAGCCAAGUGAAGGAAAAGUCAACCAUGAAAGCCAUCUUUGCAAAUUUGCUUCCAGGAAAUAGCUAUAAUCCUAUUCCAUUUCCUUUUGAUCCAGAUAAACACUACUUAAUGUAUGAACAUGAACGAGUGCCCAUUGCAGUCUGCGAGAAGGAACCCAGCUCCAUCAUUGCUUUUGCUCUCAGUUGUAAAGAAUACCGAAAUGCCUUAGAGGAAUUGUCUAAAGCGACUCAGUGGAACAGUGCUGAAGAAGGGCUUCCAACAAAUAGUACUUCAGAUAGCAGACCAAAGAGUAGCAGCCCUAUCAGAUUGCCUGAAAUGGGUGGAGGACAGACAAACCGUACAGCAGAAACAGAACCACAACCAACCAAAAAGCCUUCUGGAAUGUUGUCCUUCUUCAGAGGGACAGCAGGGAAAAGCCCCGAUCUCUCUUCCCAGAAGAGAGAGACCUUACGUGGAGCAGAUAGUGCUUACUACCAGGUUGGGCAGACGGGCAAGGAGGGGACCGAGAAUCAAGGCGUUGAGCCUCAAGAUGAAGUAGAUGGAGGAGAUACACAAAAGAAACAACUCGUAAACCCUCAUGUGGAACUUCAAUUUUCCGAUGCUAAUGCCAAGUUUUACUGUCGGCUCUACUAUGCGGGAGAGUUUCAUAAGAUGCGUGAAGUGAUUCUGGACAGCAGUGAGGAAGAUUUCAUUCGUUCCCUCUCCCACUCAUCGCCCUGGCAGGCCCGGGGAGGCAAAUCAGGAGCUGCCUUCUAUGCAACUGAGGAUGAUAGAUUUAUUUUGAAGCAAAUGCCUCGUCUGGAAGUCCAGUCCUUCCUCGACUUUGCACCACAUUACUUCAAUUAUAUUACAAAUGCUGUUCAACAAAAGAGACCCACAGCAUUGGCCAAAAUUCUUGGAGUUUACAGAAUUGGUUAUAAGAACUCUCAGAACAACACCGAGAAGAAGUUAGAUCUCCUUGUCAUGGAAAAUCUUUUCUAUGGGAGAAAGAUGGCACAGGUUUUUGAUUUGAAGGGCUCUCUUAGGAAUCGGAAUGUAAAAACUGACACUGGAAAAGAGAGUUGUGAUGUGGUCCUGCUAGAUGAAAAUCUCCUAAAGAUGGUUCGAGACAACCCUCUGUACAUUCGUUCUCAUUCCAAAGCUGUGCUGAGAACCUCGAUCCAUAGUGACUCCCAUUUCCUUUCUAGCCACCUCAUUAUAGAUUAUUCUUUGCUGGUUGGGCGAGAUGAUACUAGCAAUGAGCUAGUAGUUGGAAUUAUAGAUUAUAUUCGAACAUUUACAUGGGACAAAAAGCUUGAGAUGGUUGUGAAAUCAACAGGAAUUUUAGGUGGACAAGGUAAAAUGCCAACAGUGGUGUCUCCGGAGUUGUACAGGACUAGGUUUUGUGAGGCAAUGGACAAGUAUUUCCUAAUGGUACCAGACCACUGGACAGGCUUGGGUCUGAAUUGCUGAAAUCAAGCACAUAUUUUGAAAUGGACUGUGAAGGAAAAGGGGACAGAAACAAAGGACCAAAAAUAAGCUACAUGUUUUAUUUCUUCAUCGUGUUCACCACUGUAUGCAAAGGCUUUUCAGUUCUGUGGCUCUUUAGACUGUCCGUAAUGGAAUGGUAAAACUCCAUGAAUUUGCACUUUGGUUUUUGAUACCUGUGGAUUAGCUGUCUGUAGGUUGGGAAGUGGCAUGAAAAUUUUCUUAAGCUAAAAUACAGACAUGUUUCAAAGGGCUAAGGUUGGAGAUGAGUAGAUAGGGUGAAAAAUGGGUUAAAUUUGCUAGCUUAAUUGUUUUAAGAAGAAAACGUGGCUGGGCGUGGCGGCUCAUGCUUGUAAUCCCAGCACUUUGGGAGGCCAAGGCGGGCGGAUCACGAGGUCAGGAGAUCGAGACCACGGUGAAACCCCGUCUCUACUAAAAAUACAAAAAAUUAGCCGGGCGUGGUGGCGGGCGCCUGUGGUCCCAGCUACUCGGAGAGGCUGAGGCAGGAGAAUGGCGUGAACCCGGGAGGCGGAGCUUGCAGUGAGCCGAGAUUGCGCCACUGCACUCCAGCCUGGGUGACAGAGCAAGACUCCGUCCCACAAAAAAAAAAAAAAAAAAAAAAAGAAAACAGUGUCUCAUAAAUUGACUAUCCUGGCAUCACAUUUAACACAUUCUCUACUUAGAAAGCAUUUGUAGAGCUGCUGAAUUUGUUUUGUAUUUUUCUGUAGUAAUUUAGUGUUACUUAUUAUCAGAAUUUCUGAAACCUUUACAAAAAUUCUGAUUUAUUCCAUUAAUGGCCAGUUAAACACGUGGGCAUUUAUUGUUUUAUUGAGGAAUUUGACUUAAACUGGGAAUCCUGUCAUGUUCUUUAUCUUUCCAGCUUGCCUGUUUUUGAGUAUGUUUGAUGUUUUUAAAAUUUUGUCUUCUCUGUGGAUGACAGGAGGCUACAGCCAUUAACUUUAAGCCUUCUUUUAGAUAUAUUUUUAAAGCUUGUUUAAAAUUUUUGUGCAAUUGAUAUAUUAAACUGCACUUACUUGCAUAUGCUCAUAUUCUAGGGUUUUUUCUCUAUUUUUAGGGUAUCAUAGUAAAUCAUUAGUAAAUGAGUCUGUAGUUACUAAACCCUAAUGGAAUAAUUAUUAAUGAAGGAUUUUUAAAAUAUAAAAAAUAAAUUAGGCCCAAUCCAAGAAAUUGAGUGAGAAGGAAACACUUGUUUUUUCCACAGAAGUAAAGUGUCUUUUCAAUAUAACCAGCAAUGUAGGUGGCAUCUAUAAAAUAAAAAAAUUUCCACUGUGGACAUCCCCUUUUCCAACUUUCUACAUAAUGGCUAGUUCUGACUGCUAAGAAAUGUUAAGAAAUAGGCCAAGUGCGGUGGCUCACACUUAUAAUCCUAGCACUUUGGGAGGCCUAGGCGGGCAGAUCACCUGAGGUCAGGAGUUCAAGACUAGCCUGGCCAACAUGACGAAACCCCGUCUCUACUAAAAAGACAAAAAAUUAGCUGGGCGUGGUGGCAUAUACCUGUAACCCCAACUACUUGGGUGGCUGAGGCAGGAGAAUUGUUUGAACCUGGGAGGUGGAGGCUGCAGUGAGCUGGGAUUACACCAUUGCAUUCCAGCCUGGGCAACAAAGCAAGACUCUGCCUCAAAAAACAAAACGAAACAAAAAAAGAAAGUUAUUCUUAGUAAGGAACUUCUUGUUUAAUAGCAUUUUUGUUUAUUUAAAAAAGUGAUCAGAAGUAGUAAACUAUCUUUGAGGAAAUACUGUAGCCCCAGAAUAUUUCCUCUUGACUUGUUUUUGUAACAAGGAUAAUUUAGGGAUUUAUAAAGUUGUAAGGAUUUCACUGUUUUCGGACUGCCUAUAAUAAUAGCACAUUAACCUUCACAUAAUAAGAAAUCUGGACAAGUUCAGUUACACAGUAUGAUGAAUACUUGAAUUAGGAACAUUAUGGAAAAUUUGCUUUAGAGAAUGAAGGCAGUAGUUUGGUAUUUGGUGCUUAUUAAAAAUGUGGUUUGUUUUGAACUGGAAGCAAGUUGACCAAGGACUUAUGACUAAUGUGAUGCCAAGUUCCACUUGGCCCCUUUUAAAAACUUGUAUGUGCCUUUUGAAGAUACACAAAACACUGAGGAUUUUAGUUUGAAAUCAAAGACUAUUAAAGGAGCUGUACAGAGGUAAAAAAAAAUAAAUGUGGAACAUUAUUAACUUAUUUUGUGUCCAGGAACAGUGGAUUUUAUAUUUGAUUUAAAAUGCCAACACUGUUUUGUCUCUGUUCAUUUUUUCUGUGAGGAUACUUAGGGUUAUUUAUCCUGUCCAUUUCCUGUACUCCUCUAGUCAUGAGCACUUGAAGUAUAAGGUGUCUCCCCCUAGGUGCAAUUAGGUUGUUUCUUUGUUUUUAGUUUCAAUUCUGCGUGCCUAGCAGGAAUGCUCCACAGGAAUGGCUUCUGACAAUAAUCUGUCCUGUUGAUUUUGUUUUCCUUGCCCAUGACUUGAACAACUGUGUUUUAAAGUACUGUUGUCUAGUAGGUAACUUUGUGGCAAAAAUUUUCAAUAUAAUACAUUCUGAAACAAUAGUUGGUGCCUUGCAAAGGUAAUCUCUCAUUUCAAAAUUGGACAGUAUUAAUGAAGGGGAAAUAUAAAAUUUAACUAUUCCUAUUGAGUGGUAGAACUAUAUGUCUGGUCCCUUGCUGCUCUUGUUUAGGCCACUAUCAUAGAUAUAUUUCAAAUAUUGUACUACUCAGUGUUAAGUAUUGAAGGACUGUUUUCCUUUCCUUCAAGGCCUAGAGUAUAUUCUGAAAAUUUAGGAAUGAGGAAGAAAUCUUAAUACUUCCUUCCUUAACAUACAACAUGAGUCCCGAGAAUAACUGAUAGUAGCAAGAGAAAACUAUGUCAGUAACAUGUUGCUUUGUAUAAAAAUCAUAUUUAUAGAUGUGAAGCUUUUUGAUGCCAUCAAAACUUAUUUAAAAAUAGGAAGGAUUUACUUUUUUCUAAUUCUGACCUAAGAAAAAUAAUGAGAACAAGCUGUUGCAAGCUCUUUUGUAGUCUAUUGAAUACUUGAUAGAUAUUCAAAAUUUCCUACAAACUAUAAUUUUUUCCAUGAUUUAGCAGUGAGUGGUUUUCUAGCUUUGGCUCUUAUUAGGUAUUGUAAAUAGUAGGGUUAUAUCGAUAUCAGCUUUUGUGAUGGCUUUGUGGUCAUCAGCUUCAUGACAUUUUACCCAUUUGCAGUGAUCCUGUGUAAAACUGCCAAGGAAAGUAAUUACCUGUAGGAGUUUGCUGAGCUUGAAGAGUGAAAACUGUUGUGAAUAAGCCUGAUCAUAAAACAGAUCAGGCCAUUCAUUAUUCCUCAAGUGUUAAUAUACUGACUUAUGCAGUAUUCAAACCAUCUAGUGCAAUCUUUUGUUGUUUUUUUUUUGUUUUGUUUUUGUAACACAGGUGCAGUGUAUUAUAGAAAAAAUAAAAACUAUAAUCAUUAGCAGUUUUAAUACUGCUGUGUCAGUUUUGUAAAAAAUGUACAUUAUGUCUUUUGACAUGUUGAAUUUUAAACUAGGGAAAUGACAUUGUAAAUCAUAGUAGCUUCUUUUAAUAUGAAAAAUGCCACUAUAUUGAAAGUACUUAAUGUAUUAUAUUGUAUAUAUUUCUCUACUUUGGUUCUAGCUAUUUUAUAUGAUUGACAUGUUAUUUAAAAGAUAACUGCCUUGAACUUUUGGAGACUUGUAUUGUAAAUAAAGAAAUCUUAACAAUAAACUGAGAAUCUACUUA